AUCAUGAGCUCACAUGUGUCGUCUGCAUUUUGUUAUGCUUUUUUCUUCUCUGACAAGUAACAAAAUUUCGAACAAUGUAUCAACUAGUUGCAUUUCUAUUAUGAAAAUUAAAGCAUUGAUUUAUUCAGUCAUUCUGUGUAGAUAGCUGUUUGUGUGAAGAGGGACAUUUUACUGUCACCUUGAUAAUAAAUGUUUUUUACAUAGCAUAUUCAAUUGUUAAAGUAUUCAUUGUUGUGUGAUCAUGUUUGUUUAUAGUUAUUUGCGUAAUAAAUUUUAAAAUGACAUCAAGAACUUCGUACAUUACUCAAGAAGGACCCGCUAAUGCGCUGGCUCUGAAUAAGGAUAAUUCGCAGGUGGUCAUAGCUGGUAGAAAUGUAUUCAAAAUAUUUACAUUACUUGAUGACAAGUUUGAAGAGUUUUGCAAUUUACGUGUUGGAAAGAACUUGAAUUUAAACUUUUCAUGCAAUGAUGUUGCUUGGAAUCUCAUCGAAGAUCAUCUGUUGGCUACAGCAGCAACUAAUGGAGCUGUUGUUGUUUGGAACUUGAACCGUCCUUCAAGAUCUAAGCAAGAACAUGUUUUUAUUGACCAUAAACGUACUGUUAAUAAAGUUAGUUUCCACACAUCAGAACCUAUGCUACUAAUUUCUGGUUCACAAGAUGGUACUAUGAAAUGUUUUGAUUUAAGAACAAAAGAAGCUACAAAGACGUUUUAUAGCAAUACAGAAUCUGUUCGUGAUGUUCAAUUUUCCCCUCAUCAAGCUCAUACAUUUGCCGCUGUUUCUGAAAAUGGUCAGGUACAGUUAUGGGAUAUGCGAAAAGCAGACAAAUAUUUUCAACAUUUCACAGCACAUAGUGGGCCUAUAUUUGCCUGCGAUUGGCACCCUGAAACUACUUGGCUUGCAACAGCUUCAAGAGAUAAAACCAUAAAAGUUUGGGAUUUGACAGCAAAACCUAGUUGUGAUUUUACAAUUCAUACAAUAGCAUCUGUAGGUAGAGUCAAAUGGAGGCCUCAGAGAAAAUAUCAUAUUGGAAGUUGUGCUUUAGUAGUUGAUUGUGGAAUAAAUGUAUGGGAUAUUAGAAGACCAUAUAUACCAUUUGCUAGUUUUAAUGAACAUAAAGAUGUUGCAACUGGUAUCGCUUGGCGCGGUGAUCCCCAAUCUUUUUUAUCAACUAGUCGGGACUGUACUUUAUAUCAUCAUGUUUUUGAAGACGCUUCACGGCCAGCAAGUCAAGCAAAUCCUCAAGGUAUAGCACUAAACACAAAGGGAGAUGUAGCUUAUGCGUGUAAAACUAAUGUCAAUACUUCUACCAGUAUCGAACCUUUAACUAGUAGAAUAAUGCGAAAACAACCGGUUAGCAACGAUGCUUUUUGUCAAGCAACCAGUUGGAUGCAUCGAUUUACUGCUUCAACACCUAACAAUAGCGGUCGCGAAAUAAAAUUUUUUAAAACAUGCGCGGAAAAUUAUUUACUAAGCGGUAGACUAAACGACGUGUGUGAUCACAAUUCAACCGUGGCUAGUAAUGCCGGUAGAAACGACAUAAGCACUAUUUGGAGUAUUAUCAAGACUUGUUUUGAAAAUCCAUUAGGAUCAAACAAUAAUCCUACUAGACGUCAAGUGUCUGAGCCGGAUGCCGUAAAUGUGAUGAACUUGCUACCGAUAGGCACGAACAACGAUCAAUUAAACUCAGUUUUCGACAACGAUGUGAGAUCCUUGCAAAGCGAAUCGGCAGCAGGAGCAGCCACAACGGCAACUACGGGAAUGAUAAGUGGUGGCGACGACGAAACCGAGACCGACGAGCCUCUCGAUAACAAUCACUUCACUGGACCGUACUUGACAAAUUAUCGACGUUUACCACUUGAUUACGGCAAGCGACAUCAGCCAAAGGGAGAUUUUUCGUUCGGCGAGUGCGAGCUCGAUCCGCUACCGAACAGCAUCAUCGAUUUCAGCAACGGUGGCGAUAACUUUGCCAUAUGCAACGAUAAUAAUUGGUCUUUGCCAAAAGAAGCCUUUCCGUUGAGACACGAGAUCCAGAAUAGAUCACCCCCACCGGAACAAUUUCCGAAUCAUCCACCUGAGGUAAAUAACGAGGAUGCGGGCUCUAUAUUAAUCGAAGACCAGCCAUGCCAAUUGGUCAUUCAAUGUGUACCAAAGCCAACUUUUUGGAAUCCUUCGAGUUUGGUCGAGAACACUUUAAGGCACCACGCCAACAUUAAAGACAUCCAAACAACUGUUAGUAUUUUAUUGGCGCUGGGAGACAAAAGGAAGAGUAUAAACAUCGAAAUAGCCCUGCAAGAACAUUGGUUACUCGAAUACAUCGAUAUGCUUGGAAAAUUCAAACUCUGGGACGUAGCUACUAAGAUUAUCCAGCUGGCUUGGAUAUCGUCGGUAUCUCAAUUAAAUCAACAAUCCACGACUGUACAUACUUGCUGUGGUACUUGCACAAAAUCAUUGCAAAGAGCAGGUUGGCUCUGUGAUCGCUGCCAUUCAUCAAAACAUGCUCUGUGUUCUCUUUGUCAUCAGGUUGUAAAGGGUAUAUACACUUGGUGUCAAGGUUGUUCCCACGGAGGUCAUAUUCACCAUAUGAGUGAAUGGUUUGAAACUAACAAAACGUGCCCGACUGGAUGUGGCCAUCUAUGCGAAUAUUCCUAAUUGAUCGCCGUCAUUUUUUCAUCACAAUUGUACAAAUAAUUUUAAUGGUUAAACUACGCUAUAAAAAAUAGAACAAAUAAGACUACUUACACGAGGAUAAUGCGAUGCUUAUAGUGAUAAUUAUUUAUGUUCCUGUAAUUGUAAAUACCAUGUACCACAGUCAUUGUAAAUAUUUGAUACAAAACAUUAUGAAUAUAGAAAUUUUUAUAGUAUAAUUCUAUAAGAUCAUGUUCAUAAAUAUAUUUAUACAAAUAUAAUUUUUUGUAAAUUUGCCAGUAUAAUACGUUUUGUUUUGUGCAUAAAAAAUUUUCUUAUUAUUCGUAUUAUGUUACAUUUAUUUUGCUUAGUAUCAUAUGUAUUGGUAGCAUUAUAAAUUGUUGCAAUAAUGAUAUAGGCAUUUAUAAAUCAGCUAUAAUUAUAGCUAUCGAAGCUAUCUUUAAAUAUUAAAACCUUUUUUAAUAAUUUAUUAUCCCAUUUUCUCAGAUAUCGUCGUACAUAAAACCAAUUGGUCUCAUACAAUUUUUCUUACGAAUUGUGUAACAAAAACUUGCUCAUUUUUCAAAUUUAAAUCUAUUUACUUAAUAAACACACAAAUUAAUAAUUACUAUUGUUACUAUUGUCAA